GUUCCUGUACAUUCAGAUUUGUGUUUAGAUGGUAAUGCGUCAUAUUUGUCAACAAGAAAGGAAGAUGAAAGUAUAAUAUUGUGAAUUUCUCGAAUACACAUUAAUUGGGAACAUCGACACUUAGCCACAUGGUAGAAAUGGACGAACUUAUAGCAAUAAAUGUGCGAUACGAAGGGGACAACGAAGCUUCACAAAUAUUUCAACUAAAUCCAAAGACACAAUGGCGAGAUCUGGAAGCCAUGUUGAAGGUCCAGUAUGACUGUGAAAAUGUAGAAGUGUUUUACGUUGAUACAGAUGGUGAUUAUAUUAUUUUAAGCAGUCAAGAAGAGUUAGAAGAAGCUUUCAAAGUUGCACAGAAUUGCUCCAGUACUUUACAUCUAAAACUGAGAAAUUUCACAGGACAACCAGUAGAUCCGGAAACACACAGGGGAGAUAAUUCUCCACAGACACCAGGUGGUGACACUGAUGUAAAGAUAAUGAUGGAAUCUUCUGUUGACCCAAGAUCUGAACCUCAGCAGAACACAGAAGCUCAGAAAGAACAAGAAGGAGAUUCCUGUUCUAGUGAGACAGAGUUAGCGAAAUUAGAAAUGUGGCUCCAUGAAGACAGUAAGCCAUUGAUUAGAUCUAAAGAAGUAGAAAAACAAAUGGCACGUACAGUUGACAUUGUUACUCCAUCAGAAGAUGAGAAGAAGGAGGCUGGAGAAGUGAAGCCAUCUGAUGGACAGAAAGAUGAAGAGACUGGAGUAGUUUAUGUCAAGGUACUAAUAGUUUUCAGCUGA